UACAGGCUCCAGAAUCCUCUCAUCCUUUUGACCUUUCCCCGUUUCCGUUGUCGCGCCAUGGCCUCCGAACAGGAGGAGCCGCCGCCGCCGAAGAAGCAAACCCCACCAGUCGCUCCCACCACCAUAAGCUCCCUCGGCGACGACCUCCUGCUCGAGAUCUUCCUCCGCCUCCCCUCCCUCCCAAGCCUCGUCCGCGCGGCCUUCACCUGCCGCGCCGCCCUCCACGCCGUCCGCUCGUCCCGCGUCUUCCGCCGCCGCUUCCGUGAGCUCCACCCGCCGCCACUUCUCGGCCUCUUCCUCGACAUAUACCACCCGGAAACGCCCCCUUUUGCGCCCGUCCGUCGCCGCUCCGACCCGGACCACGCCGGCGACGCCGCCGCCGUAAGCGGCGCCGAUUUCCACCUCACCCGUCUCCCCGACGACGACGACCCUUACUGGUCAAUGCGCGACUGCCGCGAUGGGUACGUCGUUCUCGUCAACUGGAACACCGAUCAGAUGGCCGUCUACAAUCCCCUCACACUGGCCAUGCAUCUCUUCCCCAUUCCGCCAGAAGAGAUCUGCGAAGAUAUGCACGUCGAGUACCAUGUCCUCUCCUCUGAAGAAGACCCUAAGUCGUUCCGCGUUGUCUGUGUCUGUCACGAAAAGUGGGGGGCGCAAGCCGCUGUCAUCUCAUCGGACACCAGGGAGUGGCAGAUUUUCCCAUUUACAGAGGCUGCAAGCCUGCAGGAUGGGAAUGCCGGGUACUCACCUCACGAUGGAACACUGGUCAAUGGGCACAUCUACUGGACAAAAGCAAGCCGAGCCAACGCCCGUGUGCUGAACACCACGACACUGCAAUUCUCGCUAAUCGAUUUGCCUCCGCACAUCGAAGGGCAAGGAGUACUAACACCUGGUGAGACUAAAGAUGGGGAGCUAUGUAUCGUUUGCGCUGUACAGCACACCCUUAUUGUCUGGCUGCGGAGAGCCGAUGAUGACGGUGUCGAGAGAUGGAUGCUGGACAACACAUUUCCCUUGUCACAGUUGAUUGCUGUGCUCGCUUGCCAUCCAGUGGACCAUGAUGUACUGAAAAUUUUGGCGAUUGUUGAUGGCUUUGUGUACUUGUGUACUUACUAUGAGGAUGAUCCUAAUUCACCUGGCUCCUUCCUAUCGUUCUGCCUGGAAACAGAAAAGCUGGAUAAGCUCUGUCCUAUACUUCACUUUGACGAUUUGUAUCCUUAUAUGAUGGCGUGGCCUCCUUCUUUGGUACUCAACAAGCCCAUCAGCUCCACUUAAUAUCUGAGCGUAGCUACUAGAAUUUACUGAAGUGAUAUGUGCAAAGUGAGCUGCAUCACACAUGUUUCCUGAGGAAUGAGGUGCAUAGGAAGAGACAUAUUUUCAAGUUUUUUCUGCUACAGAGCUUGGCUGGGGCAGAAGGCUGAUCACAAAAUUGCAAGCAGGGACAUGUUUACUAUCUUCUCUUAGAACUUUUGUUCUUUUUGAACUUCCAAAUAUCUGAGAUGAACUGUAUGAAUGGUCUCACUUUUGUGAGAAUUGGAAUGCUAUUGUGCCUUUUUUGUCCGCUAGAGAAAUAGAGAUAUGAUGCGUUGGGAGGUCAUGUAAAGAAAAGGGUGGUCUCUGUAUGAAAGAAUGGUACUGCAAGUCUUCUGAUGAACUUUGUAUGAAAGCGAAAGCGGAGGCACCAGACAUAUUAUUUCUUUCCUUAACAGCCAACCAA